AUGUAUCCAUACACUCGGCACCAGGAUGGUGGCUUUCCUCCUCCUCCUGACAGGAGGCAAUCAAGCGAGCAGGGAUUGGUAGCCAUGCCACAAAGAAGCGACAAGGAAAAUGCCAGCGAAAACCUCAAUCCGCAGUAUUUGCGACGUGCUAGUACUGGCAAAAACAAUACAACGAGCCGACUGCCGUUUGUGAACCAUGGCAGCUCUUCCAUUCGCCGCAAUGACAGGAGCAUGGACCGAACUCUUUCAAGUGUUCUGGACUAUUCUUCAACCAAUACUCUUGUUCCGACUCCAGCUUUCAUUCCUUCCGUGCCUCUAAAUCAUAUGGCAAACAUUCCCAGAGUGUCGCAUAACAUUUACAGCAUUCAACAUGGUGGCUCUUUCUCGCACUCAGAAGGUUCCAGUGAAAACAGCUUGUUUCCAGACAGCUUUUCACUUGCCGGUGACAGCAUUUUACCAGACGACCCACCAGUGAACAAUCUGAAUGUAAAAGUCUUUGAUAGCCUGGACCACUUUGCACCACCAUCAAGUUUCACUGGCGUCCACAACACACAGUCAACGGCCACUCGACCUCCGCGAGACCGAGGCAACGAUGCGCCUCGAGCUCAUCCGAGCUAUGGCACGAACCAGUCUUUUCAGAAAGAUUUACCGCGUCUUGAUCCUUACCCACAACAGCCAUUUGAAAAACUCUUUCAAGAUGAAGGCAGCGAACAAGCUCUUCCGGACAUGGGAUCGCUUCGAAACCUUGUCGUGACCGCGUUGGAUCCAUCCGAGUUUCUUUCCACUGGAAUGAAGUUUCGCGAAGAUGGCACACCGUAUUUUGACGACGAUACAAGUUGGAGUGUGUCUGCUAUGCUUCGGAUUUAUCUCUACAAUCCAGUUUAUCCUGAAUUCACAUCGAUGCAACAGUUUACGUGGGCUGUCAUUAUCGGCAUUACUAUGGGAGUGUUCACAGCAACAUGGAAGAUGCUGAUUGAACAAUGUGUUGAAUUUGUGUGGAAAGAUAUCCCAACGAUGCUAUUAAAGAAGGGAUACUUUACUAGUAUUGACGGAGGCUUUCCCAUCUACCAUUACAUGUGGAUUUGUCCCAGCAUUAUGGGGGCUGUACUUUCCUACAUUUCUGCAUCACUUCCAACUCCAAUCCCUGGACAGAAUGAAUGGAUAAAUAGCCUCCACGCUCGUGGUAUACAAGGAUAUGAUACCUUUUGGCAGCUCUUUCUUCUGUCGACUGCGGGGAUGUCAUCAGGGCUUAGUCUUGGCCCUGAAUUACCCCUGGUUCUUGCAGCUGGAAUGUUUGGAUCGUGGCUGGGGGUGCUGUGUAAGCAGUCUAUGCUUCAAGCUCGAGUAUUGAACCUCACUGCUGCAUCUGCAGCCGUUGGAGGAUUCUUUGGAUUUCCGAUGGCUGGAGCUUUGUUUGUUCUGGAGAUUCCUCAUAGGAUGGGGUUGCAGUACUUUGAAGCUCUAUCCCCUGCCACGAUUGCCUCUAUCGUUGCAGUACUAACGAAUCGGCUCGUUACAGGAAACGACGUGACAGGCUACUACGAAUACCCCUUCUUGAAUGAGACUUUGCCAAGCGAAAUUUUCACCAGUGCCAUUAUCUUUGGUCUUUUUGGAGCAGCAGUUGGUAUCAUGUAUGCCAAGGCUGUGAUGAAGCUGAAGCAUAAUAUUCAUGAGAUGUUUCAAGGUACUUGUACGUCAUCAAGACAACAAAACCACCGACAUCCUUCGGCACAGACAGCAUCAGUUUCCGAGAGUUUACCACUUGUUAGAGGGCCAUCGACUGAAAAUGUAAUUUCAAAUCAAUCAGUGGAUAGCCCCAAUGCAAAUACAAGGCGUCUCAAAAGUAAACGCGCAGCGGCUACUGGAGCAGUUGCUGGAAGCUUGGUUGGUCUGACUUCUAUGUUUAUACCACACGUCAUGUUUUGGGGCGAGGCUCAGCUACAAACAUUAAUCGAUAAAGGCCGGACCCCAUUACCUGUUUUUGGGCGGGGCGAUGAUCCUUCGGCAGGCCUUGUUUCCCUCGGGUAUUGUAUUGAAAGCAACAAUGAUUCAAACGAAGGUAACGGUUUCACUCUGGGGUGUUCAAUUGCUAUUGCUCUAGCAAAGACUUUUGUAACUGGAUUGAGCCUUGGGACUGGGAUUGUCGGUGGACAUUUCUGGGGACCGCUUUUCGUUGGGUGCGCCAUGUCACACUUUUUAACUGACUUUGUGGCCCAAAUCUCAAGAAGUGUUGGCCUAUCAACAAGCCUUUCGGCCUACCCAUGCGUCGCUCUCUUAUGCAUCAUGGGUAGCACACACGUGGUUACCUUUCGAGCACAUAUCGCAAUCAUUUUGAUCUUGACUUUGACUAUUGAUGCAUUCAAUCCAGAAGGUGAUGGUGCUGCAGGAAUUAAAGUUGCGGGAGACUACUCUGCUGUUUUUCCACUGUUGACAGUGGCAGUCUUCGUUUCUUGCCAAAUUUCUCGAAGAGUUGUAUUCUACGACAAGCAACGAAGCCGAGGUGAUAUUAUGGCGACACCGGAGGUACUUUGCGAACCGGGCAAGGAAGGGAGGCCAUUCGUCAUCGAUUACGAAGUACAAGACAACGACAUUUUGGGGUCCGAGUCAGAAGCAGAGUCUGACCACAUUGUCGAUGAGGUAUCAGAGUCAAGUAGUGAAGUCCUCGACCACAUAGGAGACGUAAGCGUAUCUCGAAUGACGAUCGAGGCAGACUUCGAUGCAAAGAGCAAACGUUUUCGAAAGGAAUCGACCGAAAACCGCCUACCACCGAGACACCGUGAUCUCGUGGCUCAACCCGCAGAACCAAGCAAAAGGGCAGUCACAGACCUUCAAAAUAGAGGCCCGCCAUCAUGGAAUAAGAACUUGGAUGGACUAGACAAGAUAUUGAGCACGGACACGCCGCCGGUCCCUACCCCUCCUGCACAGAGGAAGAAUCACCGUCGAACCAGAAGUGAACCUGUGGAAAUGGAAGUGUUAGCAAGAAAGGCUUUCAGUCAAAGAAAUGAUAGUGGCAAAAUGUCUCGAAGAUCGAGUUUGAAACGAGUCGAAAGCUUCGGUCAAGUGGAUCAGGAACAACCAUCACUUCUCGACCAAGCUCGCAGACGCUGCGCUUCAUACGCCACGGCUGAAACAAGUCAGAAGCUGAUGCAAAAGCAAAUGACGCAGCCGAUGAGGAAGCAUUCUCGGUAG